AAAUGAUGAUCUUGAUUGGGUUUAUGAAUUUUUACAUAAUUGUGAAUUCAAACAACCCAAGCCAUUUGUAAUCAGAGUAACGACUGUUUACAAUUGGUAGUAUCUGAUUUUAUUUUUUAUUUUUUUUUUAUUAUAAAACAAAUAUACAAAUAAUGUCGCCAUCUAUUGAUCGUGUAUUUCACCAUUGCUUGAUUGUUGGUGAUUUUAUGAUGAAAUUUUUUUUUCUUUUGGAAUUUAAAAAUAAACUUUAUGUUGAUGAUGAUUUCUGCUGUCACUAAAUUUAACCUGUUAAUUGUCAUUGUCAUAUAUAUAUAAAUAAAACCCAAUGAAACUCAAAGGGUGUGUCUCAUAUUCAUUUUUUUCUCUCUACACUGGCAUCUUUAUUGCUGACAUUAUUUGGCAACGACAACAAUAAUAAUUUGGCAAAAUAAAAACUAAAAAAUAAAUGGCUAAAGAAUGUUGUGAGUGAAUGCAAUGAAGGAGAAAAAGAAUUAUAAUGACAGAAUAGUUGUUAGAAUUGUUCGUCAUCAAAUUUCAUUCGUCGUCAAUCAAUCGAUAUAAUGGCAUUAUUGGAUAAUUUAAAAUUAGUCGAAAUAAUCGAUCGUACAAGAUUGAUAUCGGAUGUACCACAGCCAACAUUACCGGCUUGUUGUCCAAUGCCAAAUGGUGGACAUUUACGACCAGGAUCAUUGAUCACUGUGUAUGCAACUUGUCCAAGUAAUCAAGGAAGAUUUCGAAUCGAUCUUUAUGCUAGUAAUUGUCAACAUUGUCGUAGUAAUGAUGAUGGUAAAACAAGUCUUUAUGAUCCUAAUAAACGAAUUGUUGCAUUACAUUUUAAUGCACGUUUCGGUGAAGCAUUGGAUGGAUCAAGCUAUAUAGUAAUGAAUUCAUUUCAUCAAGGUAAAUGGGAUCAAGAUGAACGUAGUACAGUGUUUCCAUUUCAACCGGAACAAUCAUUCUGUAUAAUGAUAUUGACUGAAGAAGAUCGAUUUCGUAUCUAUGUUGAUGGUGGUGAACAACCACAUUAUCAAUUCAAACAUCGAUUUCCAAUCAGUGAUAUUGGUAGAAUACAUGUUGAAGGACCUAAUCUAACAGUUGAAUUGAUUGAAUUUCGUGAACCAGGUAUUGAGCCAUCACAAUCAUUAUCAUCAUCUGAUGCAAUAAAACCAUCUGAUGAUGAUAAUAAUAUUGUACGUAAAACUCGUGAUGUAAUGGUAACCACCACCACACCACCAAUGUUGCAUUAUCGAUACCAUUUUUUGAGCAUAAUACAAAUCUAGAAAAACCUUGUGACAUCUAUAUCAAUGGAAUGAUAAUGGAUCCAUUUAAUAAAUAUUUUGUUAUCAAUUUGGCACAUACCGGUGGU